AUGGCACACGGAGGAUCGCCACACGUCGGUGUACCGUGGAGACUCGGGGCUUUGGAAAACGCCGGAAAUGCCAGAAAAGCAAAGAGGGCCCGGCCAGGCCCGCACCCCACUCGAGGGGACAAUGCGGGUUUGAAGCAAGCUUCCCAGCCAGCGAUGAGCUGGCCCAAGCGUGGAGGACGCACGGCGCAGCCACACACGUCGUCCUUCGACGUGAGCAGAGCUGCCCAGAGGCGGGGACGCUUCCUGAAGGUGGCUCGGCCUGGGCUCCUGCGUGCUGUACCCCAAGUGCCCGCUCCUGGCUGUCGGGGGCUCCCGCCUGGGACCCUGACGGACCUCCUGAAGCAGCCCGGCCAGGGCCCCUCCGCCCCGCUGCCCCCAGCCCUGGGGAACAGCGUUCAGGUGCAGAUGGGGGACGGUCUUCCUCGGGGCUCCCCCCGAAGCAGCGCAGCCCACGUGUGCGGGAAGCGGGAGGGCGGGCGAGACGAACGACCGGCCUUCCGGGCUUCCCUCGCUUGCUGCCAGCCUUCUGGUUCAGGGCAAUCCGGCACGGGCAGCCGGCGGGGGAACGUGGGCCGGCCCUGCUCCGGACUCACCUACAAGAAGCACGUGCAUGGCGUGGCCGCGGGAACUCCAGGUGGGCCCUCCCGGCUGCCCCCGGGCAACAGCGCCACCCUGCAGGCUGACUACGCCCAGUACGCCACGCUGAAGGCCACAGAGGCCGGCCCCGGAGAGUUCUACAGACGCUUCCCUUCGGUGGACGUGCCUGUACCCAGCACCGUGUCCCUCCCGCCCCGGGUGCCCAGGCACCACAAGGAUCUGCCCCUGCUGCUGGACGGCUGCCCCUGGGCCACGCCGGGCCCCAGGGCCAAAGGGCUGAGAGGCGGCACCAGGCCGUCUGCUGCAGGGCCCAGCCCGGGGCCCCCCGCCUGCCAGGGCUGGGCCACCUCCCGGGUGCCUCCUCGAGCUGCCCCUGGGCCCCGGGCCCAGCCCUCCCCAGCACCCCGCAGGCCCCCAGCCCAUGUGCCCAAGCGUCAGUUCAGUGUGGAGCAACUGAGCGAGGCCUUUGGCCAGCAGCCCCCCGGGGCGCCCCGCCACCUGAGCACCAACAGCAAAGCGGAGGUCACCGUGUGAGGACCUCAUGCCCCAUCUGGGGUGCCAGCGGGGUCCUGGAUUCAAAUCCUGACUUUGCUGCUUCCUGCCUGGAGGAGCCCGGCUGAGCCCCCCUCGAGUUCCUCCUCUGUAGAACGUGGGUGGGUCUGGGAAACCCCCCAAACCCCACGUCCUCCUCUUACUCGCUGCCCACUUCCCUUCCCCACCCUAACGCUAGACCCUUCUGGACGGACAGACCUCAGACUCCGCAGCCCCAGCAUUGGGGUCAGAUGGCCACACUGUGGAGCCUGGCAGGGACACGUGAAUGAAGGGGGCCGGGGGGUUUGGGGGCUCCUUUGUCAACCAA